CUCUGCAGGUCCCCGCCGCCGGCCUCCCCGCCGCGAUGGGGCCGCUCCGCUGGCUGCUCGUGCUGCUAGCGCUGCUGCGGCCGCAGGGGGUCCGGGCCGGAGGCCCCAUCCGGGCCUUUGUGGUACCCCACAGCCACAUGGACGUGGGCUGGGUCUACACGGUCCAGGAGAGCAUGCGGGCCUACGCAGCCAAUGUCUACACCUCCGUCGUGGAAGAGCUGACCCGCAGGCCGCAGCGCACCUUCAUCGCCGUGGAGCAGCAGUUCUUCCGGCUGUGGUGGAGCCACGUCGCCUCAGACGAGCAGAGACGCCAGGUCCGCAAGCUCCUGGACACGGGACGCCUGGAGUUCGUCCUCGGAGGCCAGGUCAUGCAUGACGAGGCCGUGACCCACGUUGAUGACCAAAUCCUACAGCUUACAGAAGGACACGGCUUUCUCUAUGAAACGUUUGGGAUCCGGCCACGGUUCUCCUGGCAUGUCGAUCCCUUUGGGGCAUCCGCCACGACCCCCACGCUAUUUGCCCUGGCCGGCUUUGAUGCCCACCUCAUCUCCCGGAUCGACUACGACCUGAAGGAGGCCAUGCAGGAAGCCCAGGAGCUGCAGUUUGUGUGGCGAGGGUCCCUGUCCCUGGCAGAGCAGCAGGAGAGCUUCACGCACGUCAUGGACCAGUACAGCUACUGCACCCCUGCCCACAUCCCUUUCUCCAACAGGUCUGGGUUUUACUGGAACGGUGUGGCUGUCUUCCCGGAUCCACCCCCAGAUGGGGUGUACCCCAACAUGAGUGAGCCCGUCACUCCAGCCAACAUUGACCUGUACGCGGAAGCCCUGGUGGCCAACGUGAGGCAGCGGGCCGCCUGGUUCCGGACGCCCUAUGUUCUCUGGCCCUGGGGAUGUGACAAGCAGUUCUUCAACGCCUCGGUGCAGUUCACCAACAUGGACCCCCUGCUGGACCACAUCAACAGCCGCGCGGCCGAGCUGGGCGUCUCUGCACAGUACGCCACGCUGGCUGACUACUUCGGUGCGCUGCACGCUCUUAACACCACCUGGGGCGUGCGCGGCCACCAGGACUUCCUGCCUUAUUCGUCAGAACCGUUUCAGGCCUGGACUGGUUUCUACACGUCCCGAAGCGUGCUCAAGGGGCUGGCGCGACGAGCCAGCGCCCUGCUGCAUGCUGGUGAGUCCAUGUUCACACGCCACAUGUGGCCGGCCCCCCACAGGCUCCUGGACCCGGCCUGGGCCCUGCAACAGCUGCGACAGCUCCGCUGGGCUGUCUCCGAGGUCCAGCACCACGACGCCAUCACCGGCACCGAGUCCCCCAAGGUGAGAGACAUGUACAAGGAGCACUUGGCCACAGGGAUGCUGGGAGUGCGAAAGCUGAUGGCCGCCAUCGUCCUGGCCGGGCCUGAGGCGGGGGAGCGGCGAGCAGUGCCGGCGGCAGACUCAGGUGCGGGGCCUGAGGGGCACUCUGCUGUGGUCUACAACCCGCUGGCCUGGACUGUCACCGCCAUCGUCACCCUGACUGUUGGCUUUCCCGGAGUCCGAGUCACAGAUGAAUCAGGCCACCCCGUGCCUGCACAGCUCCAGAACUCAACAUCCACGCCAUCCACAUACGACCUGCAUAUCUUGACCACAAUCCCGGGCCUCAGUUACCGACACUAUAGCAUCAGACCUACUUUGGGGGCUCAGGAGGGCAUCCAGGAGCCAUCUGCCACCGUGGCCAGCAUCAUCCAGUUUGACCGCAGGCCGAGGAGACGUGCCAGCCGUAAGGGCAGGCGCCUGGUGCCCAUAAUGAAUGACUGCUACACUGUGCUCAUGGACCAGGACACCAACCUGAUGCACAGCAUCCAGGAGAGCUGGAGUAACCGAACCGUGCACGUGACCCAGGAGUUCCUGGAGUACCACGCCAACGGCGACGUGAAGCAGGGCCCUAUUUCUGACAACUACAUGUUUUCGCCCCACGAGGCAGCCGUUCCCGCCUGGGGUGCUGUGGGGAUGGAGAUCGUGGCUGGGAAGCUGCUGACAGAGGUCCGGCAAUACUUCUACAGGGACCCAGCAGACAAGGAGCACACAUACGCCAUCCACUCCCGGCUGGUCCAUGUGCCACCAUCCAAAGGGGAGCUGCUGUGUGGACGAAUUGAGCAGGAGUACCGGGCGGGCCCACUGGAGCUGAAUCGCGAGGCCGUGCUCAGGACCAGCACUGACCUGGACAGCCAGCAGGUCAUCCACACGGACAACAACGGGUACCAGAUGCAGCGCAGGCCCCACCUGGCACACGCCAACAACAGCAUCGCUCGGAAUUACUACCCCAUGGUCCAGACGGCCUUCAUCGAGGACAACCGAAGCAGGCUGGUGCUGCUGUCGGAGCGGGCACAUGGCGUCUCCAGCCAGGACAACGGGCAGGUGGAGGUCAUGCUUCACCGGCGGCUAUGGAACAACCUCGAGUGGGACCUGGCCUACAACCUCACACUGAAUGACACCUCGAUCGUCCGGCCCACACUCUGGCUGCUCCUGGCACCCCAGCCAGUCACGGCCACCCUGCACCCGAGAGACAGGCUGGCGCUGCAGCACAGGCCCGUAGUACUGUGCGGGGAGCUAGCUGGACCACGGCAGCGGGCAGCCGUGACGCUUCCCCCCAACCUUCACCUGCAGACCCUGAGCAUCCCUGGCUGGAACUACAGCUCGAACCACACCGAGCACCUGGAGAGUCUCCGGAAAGGCCGUGCUGCGGGGCCUGGGGACUGUGGUGGCCCUGGAGGAGCGCUCACUCACAGGGACCUCGGAUGUGCAUGCGCUGCGCCGCUGGAGCUGGAGGACACGGACCCACCGCACCCGCGGAGGUGGGAGCUCUGCUCGGCCCCACGGAGAUGGCACCAGCUCCAGUCUGAGGCCGCCAGGAGGCACCACCGUCACAGUCCACCCAAAGGAAAUCCGCACGUUCUUCGUUCACUUCCAAGAGCAGUGAGCCCUCACGAAUGCUCCAGGCCACCAGUGACUCCAUGUAACAGAACAGAACAGAAUACGAAACGAAGGAAAGCAGUGUGGAGGGUGCCAGGAGGCCAAGUGUCUGAAUCGGCACUGCCAAUUCAGCUGGCUAACUUCAGGAAUUGGUCAUUUGGGGCCAUGGUGGCUCAGUGGUUAAGCGUUUGGCUGCUCACCAAAAGGUUGGCAGUUCAAAUCCACCAGCCACUCACUAGAAACCCGAUGGCGUAGUCCUACACUGUCCUAUAGGGUCACUAUGAGUCAGAAUCAACUCAAUGGCAAUAGUUUUUCUUUUUUUUGGUCAGCUUUGCAGUUUUCUUUCUUCAUUUUAUAAAUAAAAUUUAAAUUACAA